AUGAGCAUUGCGCCGUGUAAGUCGCUCAAUUGGAUUACCGACCCAACAACCAUUUCAUAUUUGCUUCCUCGACCUCGGGACGGUUACCUUCAAGUUGGUUCAGAAAUCACAUGCUACGCAGAUGGCCACCCACCUCCAAUGCUGUCCUUGCGUCUUGUGCAGUCGCUGCGACCUCCCAAACCUCUAAGUGAAGAAGAGUUGGAGACACUGCGGCAAGUCGGCCGAAUACGAAACUGCGCAACGAAGACCCUAUCACAAUGGAACUCAUUUUGA